CCGCCGCACCCGGGAUUCGAACCUGCGGCCACUCACGGCGCCACCUCACCAGCGGCCGGCCCUGUGACGUCUCUCCGCGGCGCACCAAUGAGGUGCAGCCACGCCUGCCGCUAGCGCCCGCGUGCCCGGAAGGGGCGGGGCGUAGGCCGCUGGUGGCGGCCGGGCCGGCGUGCGGAGUCUCCUCAGCGGCGGCGCCGCUCCCGCCUGGGCCGCCGGGCCGCCACCGCCCCCGGGCCGCCACCGUCGCCACCGCCGCCAUGUCGCCCGCCAUCGUGGCCCAGGAGGGCGGCCGGCAGCGCCGGGCUGCGAGCCACCACCACUACUUGGACGUGAGGAGCGAGGCGCCUCCCGGCCUGGCGCUCUGCGGGGACGGGCUGCCGGGCGGUGAGGCCGAGGCGCUGAUGCCGCCGGAGGCGGGCGUGCGGGGAGCGCGGGGGUGCCGGGCGGAGCUGGGCAGCAUCCUGCUGCUGCUGGUGCUGUACGUGCUGCAGGGCAUCCCGCUGGGGCUGGCGGGCAGCGUGCCCCUCAUCCUGCAGAGCAAGAGUGCCAGCUACACAGACCAGGCCUUCUUCAGCUUCGUGUUCUGGCCCUUCAGCCUCAAGCUGCUCUGGGCCCCUUUGGUGGACGCCGUCUACCUGCGGGGCUUCGGCCGCCGCAAGUCCUGGCUGGUCCCCACGCAGUAUGUGCUGGGGCUCUUCAUGAUCUACAUGUCCACCCAGGUGGAUGUGCUGCUGGGCGACGGGGAGAGCCGCGGCCCCGACGUGGUGGCCCUCACCGUGACUUUCUUCCUCUUCGAGUUCCUGGCGGCAACGCAGGACAUCGCGGUGGACGGCUGGGCCCUGACCAUGCUGUCCAGGGAGAACGUGGGUUACGCCUCCACCUGCAACUCUGUGGGCCAGACCGCCGGGUACUUCCUGGGCAAUGUCCUCUUCCUGGCCCUGGAGUCGGCCUCCUUCUGCAACAAGUACCUGCGGUUCCAGCCCCAGCCCCAGGGCAUCGUGACCCUUUCAGAUUUCCUGUUUUUCUGGGGAGCUGUCUUUCUAAUUACCACUACACUGGUUGCCCUUUUGAAAAAGGAAAACAAGGAACUAACACCAACGAAAGAAGAAACAAAAGGCAUCACUGACACAUACAGGCUGCUAUUCUCAAUAAUCAAGAUGCCGGCCGUUCUUACUUUCUGCCUCUUGAUCCUCACAGCAAAAGUUGGAUUUUCAGCAGCAGAUGCUGUAACGGGACUCAAACUGGUGGAAGAGGGAGUCCCGAAAGAGCACUUGGCUCUGCUGGCAGUUCCCAUGGUUCCCCUGCAGAUCAUACUGCCUCUGAUUAUCAGCAGAUACACUGCAGGCCCCCAGCCACUGAACACGUUUUACAAAGCUAUGCCUUUCAGAUUACUACUCGGUCUGGAAUUUGCUUUUCUGGUAUGGUGGACUCCUAAAGUAAAACACGAAGGAGGAUUUCCUGUCUACUACUAUGUUGUAGUACUGCUGAGUUAUGCUUUACAUCAGAUCACGCUGUAUAGCAUGUAUGUUGCAAUAAUGGCUUUCAACGCCAAAGUCAGCGACCCGCUGAUCGGAGGGACCUACAUGACGCUCCUAAACACGGUGUCGAACCUGGGGGGGAACUGGCCUUCCACUGUCGCACUCUGGCUUGUGGACCCGCUGACGGUGAAGGAGUGCGCAGGGGCCCAGGAGCAGACCUGCGGGACUGCGGCGGCUGCAGAACUCUGCACAAAAGCUGGUGGUUCCUGCGUUACCACCUUGGACGGUUACUACGUGGAGUCCGUCGUCUGCGUCAUUCUGGGGUUUGGCUGGUGGUUCCUACUUGGGCCGAAACUGAAGAAGCUGCAGGACGAGGGACAGUCUUCCUGGAAGUGCAAGAGGACCAACUGACACUGCUGAAAUACUGGAGGGACUAGCAAGGUCAUUUUAGUUUUAUUACAAAGACAUAUCCCGUAAUCAAUAAGCAGGAAUCUAGGUAUUUUUAAAUGCCACACCACUGAAAAACAGGAUGGCUGAGACGUGGUAUGUUUGUAUGUGAUACCACUUCCCCUCCCCGUAUGGAAAUGUCGGUUCAGAAGGUAAUUGUUAAAAAAAAGCACCUAUGUACUGCAUACAUAUCCCCAAGCUCUGGUUUCGGAGUCGUGGUUGCUGGUGUAACCGACAUCUGAAUUUCCACGUGGUAACUGUGGGGAAGCUCCUUGUGCCAUGUCUGUGUGAGCAGCAGCCGCGUCAGCCGAGCUCCAGCUCUUUGUUUUCAGCCCGAGCUGAUGUGGCGCGGGGAGCCGGCCCGGGGAAGAUGGCAAGGGCAUUUUCCGGGUAGGUUGAGCGUCUUGUACUAUGGAAUUCCGUGUGGGAAGAGAAAUGUUAAAUGUCUCUGGGCUUUGUUUCUUCUCACUGUGUGAACUGUAACCGCAUCUCAAAGGAUGAAAUGUUUCAGAGAUUCUUUUAAAUGUAUUUUCUGGCUUUUAUAAGCUUUAAAGAUUUAUAAGAAAAUAUUUUUAUAAACAAAUUACAUUUGUUUAAUUUAUUUCUGCUGUUUCAAAGCAUUUUGAUUUACAUUCAAAGUACUUUCCUGAUGAAAAAUUGCUGUAAGGUAGGACUUCAGAGUAACGCACAAUACUCUAAGCCUUGAGCCCCAAAGGUGUAAACUGGCACGUGAAGGAGAGGGCGUGCGGGCCUGCGGGCAGCGGUUGCCGUUUGAGGGAAUGUAUCGAUGGCGUUGGUUCCUCCGUGUCACUAAAAUUUGAAUAUUCCAUUUCAAAAUCAGUAGAAAAAAUGCGUGUGUUCCCAGCUAGGGGUAAGCAAAGAUGACCAGUGCCUUUGGAAGUGAUUCGGUGACGACAAACUUGCCAAAUUCCCAGUGAGCCCGUGUACGACUUGCUGCCACAUAAAUCAAGGUCAAUGCUGCGGUAGAGCUGCUCCAGGAGCUUGUCACUGAUGCUGUGUCGUUGAAACGUUCCCGUUGCGUUUAUCAGAAACGACUUCCCCCGAGUGCCUUAGUGACGUACAGCGCGCGGCCUGUACGCCUGGAGAGGGGCACUCGCACGUUGCUGGAUGUAUACGGUACAUCGAUAUUAAAAGAGAAAACCAUUAAAAUACCUUUGAAAGGUACGUGA